UGUCCCGAUCCGAUCACAUGAUCGGAAAUCGGCCCCGAUCACGUGAUUUCAGACUCGAUCGGAAUCGGACGUUACCUCCCGAUCAGGACUCGGAUAUUUAUGUUAAUAUAUUCUCAUAUUUUUUUUAACAAAUCUAUAGUUAUGCGGUGGCAAAGAGUUAGACCCUUUUUAAAUCCAAACAGAAACAGCAACGCGUGCGGCAUGACAUCACUUUGUUGCAGAGACGCCAUUGGUUAAAUGCCGGGGCAAAGUAAAACACGGAAGCAACUUAAAGCGGAAAGCGCGAGUAUGUCGUCUGCGGUCUGGAAGUAUUAUAAAGUUGAUGACAACAACGUUGCCAUAGCAAACUGCGAGAUAUGUAAACUUGGGAUUUCAAGAGGUGGAAAGGAAAAGGCUACGUUUAACACCACAAAUCUGAUACGGCACCUCAAAAACAAACACCCGACACAAUACAGCGAGUAUACCCAGGCAACCCAGCCGAAGACGAGUCAGCUCACGCUGCAGGAGAGUUUGAAGAGGAGAGAAAAAAUGCCCCAUGACAGCGCGAAGGCACGGGACAUUACAGCCAAGAUAGCACAAAUGAUCGCAAUGAGUGACCUGCCAUUCGCCUUUGUAGAGAACCCUGGAUUUCUUAUGCUUAUGGAGCACGUAGAACCACGAUUUGAAAUGCCGUCUCGUCACUAUUUUACCGAGAAAGCUCUGCCAGCCCUUUAUAAAAAGAUUACUGACAAACUACUUGUCAUGUUAUCAGAUGCACCCCAUGUUUCAUUCACCACAGACAUCUGGAGUUCGUCCGUAGCUCCCAUGUCUCUACUAAGCCUUACCGCACAAUGGAUUGAUUCAAGUUUUGUUUUACGCCGUGCGACCCUACAUGCACAGGAAUUUCGCGGAUCGCACACCGCAGAGCGCAUCCAGCAAUCGAUGGAAACAAUGCUCAACAACUGGAGAAUUGAUAAGCAACGGGUCCACGUAAUUUUGCGUGACAACGCGGCAAAUAUGAAGAAAGCUAUGAGGGAUAUGGGGGUGCCGAGUGUGGGCUGUGUCGCCCAUUCCUGUCAACUCUGUGUGCAUGAGGGUCUGCUGUCUCAGCGCAGCGUGACAGAGACUCUGGCCAACGCAAGGAAGAUUGUAGGCCAUUUCAAACACUCCCCAUUGGCCUACUCUCGACUAGAAGACAUACAGAUUGACCUAAAUAUGGAUAUCAAGCGCCUACAGCAAGAUGUACAGACACGAUGGAACAGCAGCCUCUAUAUGCUGCAGAGCCUACUGCAACAAAAACGUGCUCUUAGUGUCUUUGCAGCUGAGCGCACUCUACCAGCAACACUGACAGCUCACCAAUGGGAGCUGAUGAAAAAGACUGCUGAUGUGCUUUCCCCAUUUGAAGAGCUGACUAGGGAUGUGAGCAGGGAGACUGCAACUGCAGCUGAUGUAAUCCCUGCCAUAACAGUCCUCAGACGUGUUCUGUCUCGGGAGGAUGAUGAUGACCAGGGAAUAAAAACAAUGAAGAGGACUCUGCUGGAGGCAGUGGAGAAGCGCUUUGCUGAUGUUGAAACUGAGCCACUCUUUUACAUCGCCACUCUUCUAGAUCCCAGAUACAAAGAUGGGCAAGUAUAGUAAAAAUAAAAUGCACCUUUUGUACAUCAUGUUUAUAUUUAUUUCCUUUUUAAUAAAGUUUUGUGUAAUGA